AUGUCUUCCCUAACCUUCCACACCAUGGCCAUCUUACCCGCCAUCAGUGCCCUGAAAAACACCCUUGCCUUCAUAAAAAAAGGCCACGAACACGCUCUUACCAAUAAAAUCGACCCGGAAACCUUUCUCACCGCCUCCCUACACCCAGACAUGAAAGACUUCCGCUUCCAAAUCUACCGCUUGACCGACGCCGUCAAGUUCAUGCCUUCCCGCAUCAACCCAGCACUCGAAACCAUCACGCUGCCAGAUGACGAAAAGACGUUUGAGGAGCUGGAAGCUCGCAUCGAGAAGACGAUCAAGUACCUUGAGAAAUUCCAGCCCGCGGAUUUCGAGGGCAAGGAGGCGGAUGAGCUGGUGGUGAAGUUCCCUAGUGGCUUGCAGAUAAGUUUGCCGGCUGUCGAGUAUGUGUACAAGUUUGCGCAUCCGAAUAUGUGGUUCCAUAUGACGACUGCGUACGGCAUUCUCAGGAUGAAGGGUGUGGAUAUCGGCAAGUUUGACUUUGUGAAUGGUGCAAAGGAAAUUGUGGUUGAGAGGUGGGAGGAGCAGAAAUGA